UGGCAAUACGCCUUCCAGAUCCUUUCCAACAUGGAAGAGCUUCAGGUCCAAACAGAGGCUACAUCCCUCAGUGUGGCAUUGGGCGUUUGCGAGCGCGCGGGCAAUUGGGAAGCAUCUUUGGAUCUCUUCGACCUGAGCAUUUUGAGGCGCUUGAAGUCCGACUUGGUCUCUUUCAACGGCCUGCUGAGUGCCUUGUGCAAUGGCCAAGCCCUCCGCCCGGCCGUGGGACUCGUGAGGCAGAUGAGAGACGUCAGCGUCCAAGCCGACCUCUUCAGCUUCAAUGGUUUGAUCUCCGCCUACGUUCAACGGAGGUCCUGGCACCUUGGCCUUCAGCAGCUGCAGGUGUUGCGCCAGUGCGGCGGGAGCGGCGACGCGGUGUCCAAGCGCGCGCUGCUGCGGGCAGGUUUGGACCUUCCUUGGCCAUUGAGUUUCCACCUUCUGGACGAGAUGAAGGACCCCUCUGUGCUGGCCCUCCAUCAUGCCAGUAGCAGCUGCGGUGCCAGCGCGGCACCGGCGCGCUUGCCGUGGAUUUUGGAGAGGGCCUCCAUGACGGCGCAAGUGACAUUGAGUGAAGGGGCAAAA